CAGCCCGAGACCGGUAGAGGCGCUAGAUUGUAUUGUUGCCGUUGCCGCUCGUGUUUACGGACGUAUGAAGGACGAGGCGAGUUUUCCGUGGCACGCCGAUAUUCCCCGCAAUUUCUGUGGGCACACGUGGCACGGCUGGAACACGUGGGUUUCACGCAGCGGGAAACUGAUCGACACGUCUGUUCGAGGAAAUCACAUCGCACGACCGACUGUACUCCGGACACCGUACUCGAGACACGACGAUAGAGUCCAUCUCGCCGACGGGAUCGACGAAUUGCGGGAACCGCAAAGAGGUUAGGCCGAGCGAUAUCACGUGCGUUCGCGAAGUAUUGAGGAAAUUCGAGAGAAUUUCUGCCGAGACAUAGACAGAGAUAUGCGACAAUGUGUGCAUAGCACCAAUGUUUUUCUGUUGAAAGGUUGCACGUUAAGGGAGGAAAGAGUAGAUUUGUAGAUUUUCGAGAUUCUUUUAUGUUAAGUUUAGCAAAAACUGGGGGAGAACAUGGCAGAUCAGAAGUUGUUCUCGGAGCACAUGUACAGCACCAAAUUUCAAGAGGAAUUUCAAAAACACUGGCACGCCCAAAGUGAUUUUAAAAGCGCCAAUCUAGAAAUUAUAUCGAAACCCUUUAAAAUAUGUAAGAUAUCGAAUUUCUUGAGGGACGACAAAAUCAUAAAGCACUUGAAAAACGAAUUGAAUUGUGAAACUUAUACACGCAAAUCUCUCGAUCUUUAUCAGUUUGAGAAAAGCGAGGAUUUGUGCCAUGCCACCGGCAAGCACAUCCAAAUGCUGAACAGAGCUUUUCGACAGGAUCUAGCAUCGUGGAUGAGCCGCAAUACGGAUAUCGAGCUGAACAAAAAACUCUUGAUGUCGAGUGCCCGUUACUAUAAUACAGAUCGUUUGUUGUGUCACGAUGAUAACAUGGGUGAUAGAAGAAUCGCUUAUAUAUUGUACCUGACCAACGAUUGGUCAGAGGAGGAUGGCGGUGCUUUAGAUCUCUUUGACACGGAUGAGAGAGGCUCGCCUGGGAAGGUGGUGAAAUCAUUGAUUCCGGAAUUCAACUCUUUCGUGUUCUUCGAAGUAGUGGACAAUUCCUAUCACCAGGUAGCCGAGGUAUUGACGGAGGACAAGUGCAGGUGGUCGAUCAACGGUUGGUUUUACGGUCCAUUGAAAGAGAACCUUCGCAAGUCGCUCAGGUACAAAUCAGCGGAGGCUCUCGUGCGACCGAAUUCCACGGAAGUGGACCUGCGCUCUUGGAUUUCCGACGAUUACCUGGUACCCAGCGUAAUGGAACAGAUUCACGAGGAUAUCGAGAUGUCGUCUUACAUGUUCCUCAAAGACUUCCUGAAGGAGUCUGCGUACCGGCAAAUUGCGAACGAUUUAACGUCGCGGGAUAUCAACUGGCGGAUGGUCGGCCCGGCGGACAUACGUCGCUACGAGUUGGCCGACGAGCAAUCCCUGCCGAAGUCACUGAAAGACUUCUGCGAUCUAUUCAAAUCCAUCUCCUUCUUUCAAUUGCUGAAGAAGUACACGGGGCUCGAUCUGACGCCCGAGAAAACCAAGGAGCCCAUGAUGACGCUAGAGUUACAGAGAUGGUCGUCGGGCUGCUACACGUUGUUGUACAACAGAUCGUUAUUGAACGACACUUCAAACGAGUCGACAGAGGCUGACGACCGAUCUGACGAUGACGUGAGCGCUGAUGACACCGCGGCACCCGCGUGUGCGUCGACCUCGGAUUUGUCGGCCGGUGAGGUCAAUCUGGACGCCAAUGAAAUGCGUCGAGAAUUGAAAAGGGAACGAGUCGACGAUCUUCCUUCCACAGCAGAUUCAGCUGAUAAGAAAAAGACUAAGUACCUCGAGAGCCAGUCAGACGUUGGUGCGCAAUUUUCGAGUAAGCACGAGCGUAACGCGAACGUGGAUGAAACUUUCUCGACUUCGGACGAGUUGUCUCGUAGCGGCACACCGGCCAGUGACAGCGAGAACGAGUCUGCCAGUAAGGGCGAAUUUCUGCUCGAUGUGAUAAUACAGUUCAACGUACAAGACGACAAAGGCAUACCGAAGACUGACGACACGAUAGAUUUCGUGGAUACUGGUGAGCAGGAUGGUAUUCUAAUUCAAAUUCCGAUGCAAGAUAAUCAUCUUUGUCUAGUCUACAGAUCGCUCACGAUAUGCCGUCUUCAAAAAUACCUGAAUCAUUUCUACGAUGGCUACUCUUACACUUUCGUGUGUUCGUAUUACGAGUAGUCUAGCGUGAUUCUUUAAUUAAAGCAGCAUUGUUGUUUGAUUAAAACAAUGCUGUUCAAAGAUAAAAAGAAAAGAAAAGAUUAGUGUUUUCAGUUUAGCGUUAAUUGCAUUGGUUUCAUGGCGAAACGAUCAACGUUACAUUUUCUCGAAUCAAGACGAAUAUUCUUUUUGCGAAUGAAAUAUUUCUUUUUUUUUUUUUAAUAUAUUUUGUAUUUUUCAAUAAAUUCACCCGUGUUCAUCACGCGAACACAGAUCGUCUAUCUUUC